GGGGAGGGGCCGCGCCUAUCGCGAGUCUAUCGCGACAUAAUCGCCGCUUUAUCGCCGCUUUAUCGUCGCUUUUCGGCGCUUAGCGGAGCUCUCCCGGCGGCCCCGCCGAGCUCCCGCUGCUCCCGGGGCCUGGCAGAGCCCGUGAGGCCUGCGGGACCCCUGCGGGCCCGCUGCGGGCGCUCCCCCCCAACCUGGAACCAUGGGGGUGCCCGGGGCGCUGUUUUUGGGGCUUUUUUGGGUGUUUUUUGGGGUUCCUCCCCGGGCAGGAGCCGGGGAUUGCAAAGGGCAGCGGCAGAUCCUGACGGGACCCCGCGGCUUCGUCACCGACGGCCCCGGCAACUACUCGGUCAACGGCAACUGCGAGUGGCUGAUCCAGGCCCCCAGCCCCCGUCACCGGAUCCUGCUGAGCUUCACCUUCAUGGACACGGAGUGCACCUACGAUUACCUGUUCGUCUACGACGGCGCCUCCACCCGCAGCCCGCUGCUGGCGGCCCUGAGCGGGAGCAGCCUGCCCGCGCCCCUGGAGGCCACCUCGGGACAGAUGCUGCUGCACCUGUUCAGCGACGCCAACUACAACCUGCUGGGCUUCAACGCCUCGUGGCGGCUCUCGCUGUGUCCCGGCGGCUGCUCGGGCCGGGGCCGCUGCGUCCCGCCGGGGCUGUGCCGCUGCGCCCCGGGCUGGGCCGGGCCCGCCUGCACCGCCCGCUCCUGCAGCGCGCACUGCCGCCCGCCCGGCGGGGCCUGCAACCAGGAGACGGGGGCGUGCGAGUGCCGGGCGGGGUUUUUGGGGUUCAGCUGCGACCUGCGGCUGGGGGACCCCCGGGGCGGGGGGCGCUGGUACCGCCUCAGCGACGGGGACCCCCAGUUCCGGCCCCGCGCCGCCGCCGCCGGCGCCGUGCUGCCGGGGACAGGGAUGCUCUACGUGUUCGGGGGACUGGACCUGAACGAGGCCCUGGGGGAUCUGGUCAGGUACAACUUCAGCUCCAACCGCUGGGAACGAAUCCCUGAGACCCCCGGGAGCCCGGCCCCGGCCGCCCGUCACUCGCACUCGGCCGUGGCCUGGGGGGACACGCUGCUGAUUUUCGGGGGGCAGCUGCGGGGGGGGGCCCUGACCAACGACCUGUGGGGCUGGGGACCCCCCGAGGAGGGGCGGGGGUCCCCCGAGGAGGGGCGGGGGUCCCCCGGGGGGGGCUGGCGGCUGCUGCAGCCCCCCCAAAACGGAGCCCACGGACCCCCGGGGCUGGCCGGGCACGCGGCCGCGCUGGUGGAUGGGGACUGGCUCUACGUCUUCGGGGGCCGCACCUCCUCAGACGUGUUCUCCCCGGAUCUGUUCCGGCUGCUGCUGCCCGGGGGUCCCUGGGAGCGCGUCGGGGUCUGGGGGGGCAAAGCCCCGCGGGCGGCGGGACACGCCCUGCUCUUCCUGCCCCACGCCCGCAGCCUGCUGGUGUACGGGGGGCACCGGCCCUCCACCGCCAGGUUCAGUGUGAGGGUGAACUCCUCCGACCUUUUCCACCUGGAGCGGCGCCACUGGAGCUCCCUGAGGGCCCGGGGGGAAUUUGGGGGGGGGUCCCAGGGGGGACCCCGGGAAAGAGCCUUCCACAGCGCCUCCCUCAUCGGGGACUACAUGGUGGUGUUCGGGGGAAACGUGCACACGCACUACCACGAGGAGAAGUGCUACGAGGAGGAGCUGCACUUUUACCACCUGCGCUGCCACCGCUGGAGCCGCGCGCAGCCGCUGCGCCUCGGACACGGUGCGGGCAAAAACGGGCGGAAAUCGGGCAAAUUGGGCAGUGGGGGAAAAUGGUUGGGUGAAAAUUGGGGAGAAUUUGGGUGGAAAAUGGGUGAAAAUUGGGGGAAUUUGGGUGAAAAUUGGGAGGAGCUGCACUUUUACCACCUGCGCUGCCACCGCUGGAGCCGCGCGCAGCCGCUGCGCCUCGGACACGAGGCGGGGACCCCCGGGGAGGGGCGUUACUCCCACGUUUCGGGGGUCCUGGCCGGGCAGGUGCUGCUGGUGGCCGGCGGCUUCUCGGGGGUCCCGCGGGGCGACCUCCGAGCCUACAAAGUUCCUUCCUUCGUCCUGCAGCGGAGCGAAGAGCCGGAUCCCAACUGCGGAAGCUCAGGGACCAACCCAGAGCAGUGCCCCCCCGGCCCCUGCCCGGGGCUCUCCCGCCUUUUGGGGGACUGUGAGUCGUGUCUCGCCUUCGGGGGGGAGCCCCAAAAUCCGCCCGGGCCCGACAGCCCCGCCCCCCCCCGCUUCGGCUGGUGCGUGCAGAACGACACCUGCGUGCCCCUGGCAGAGCGCUCCCGCUGCCGUGUGGGGCAGAUUUCGGGCACCCACGGCUGGUGGGGUCCCCGGGCCGAUUUCCUGACGGAGCUGCCGCAGUGCCGCAGCCGCGGGGUCCCGCCCGGGCUGCACCUCCUGACCUUCCAGCACCCCAAAAACGAGUCCCAGCCCGACAAGGUGUCUCUGAUCAGGAGCGCCACCAUCACUCUGACCCCCCCGGGGGACGCGGCCGUGGCGCUGCAGUUCCGGGGUUUCCUGCACCCGCUGCUGGGCCCGGCCGGGCCCGGCCCCAACGUCUGGGCCCGGAUCCAGCGGCUGGCCGUGGUGGCCCGGCUGGCCCGGGAGCCCAACUCCACCGAGCUGGAAGAAGUGGGCCGCUGGGGGGCGCAGCAGGAGCGGGAGACGCGCGCGCUGCGGCGGCCGCGGCCCGAGCGCCUCUUCGGGCGGGCGGCGCGGGGCAGCCGCUUCCUGCUGCAGGUGGAGGCGCUGCUCAACGCCUCGGGCGGCCAGAGCAGCGAGCUCACCCUCACCUGGGACCGCACCGGCGUGCCCGGCGGCAGCGUGAGUGCUCGGAAAAAAUCGGGAAUUUUUGGGGAAUUUUUGGGAAUUUUUUCCGGGGUAGUUUCAGAAGUAGCAAAGCAGGUGGAGGCGCUGCUCAACGCCUCGGGCGGCCAGAGCAGCGAGCUCACGCUCACCUGGGACCGCACCGGCGUGCCCGGCGGCAGCUCUCUGGUGGGUCCCCCUAAAUCUUGGGGGGUCUCUGGGUCCCUUUUUGGGGUCGUUUUGGGGUCAUUUAAUGAGAUUUUAUUCCAAUUUUUGGGGUUUUUUUUGGGGUUUUUUUUGGGUUGUUUUGAGUCUGGGGUCUCGGGUUUUUUUUGGGGGGGGUCCCUAACAUUUUGGGGGUCCCCCCCGCAGCCCCGCCCCCACUAUUUCCACGCGGCGGCGAUUUUGGGGGACACUCUGGUGGUGGUGGGGGGUCGCAGCGACCGCCGGGAUUUCGGCAACGACGUGCUGCUCUACCAAAUCCGCUGCAACGCCUGGAUCCUGCCCCCCCACACCGAGCCGUCGGUGGUGGGCCCCCCCAUGCCGGGGGCGGUGGGCCACGCCCUGGCCCAGCUCGGGGGGCUCCUCUUCCUCUCGGGGGGCUUCAACGGGGGGGUCCUGGGGGGGCUCUGGGGGCUGCGGGUGCCCCCCGAGCCCUGCGGGGCCCUCCCGGACCCCCAACGCUGCAACGGCUCGGGGGGCGCCUGCGCCUGGUGCGGGGGGCGCUGCCGGGGGGCUCUGGAGGCUGAGAGGUUGGGGUGCUCCCCCAUCCCCGCCCCCUGCGCCCCCUCCCCCCGGGACCCCCACGAGUGUCGGCGCCUCCGGAGCUGCAGCGAGUGCCUGGCCCAGCACCCCCUGGGGGGCGCGGGUCCCCCGGCGUGCAAGUGGUGCACCAACUGCCCCGAGGGCGCGUGCAUCGGGGCGGGCUCCAGCUGCCGCCGGGAGAACGACUGUCGCAUCAACCAGCGCGAAAUCUUCGCGCCCCAAAACUGCUCCGAGGCCGCCUGCGGGGCCCCCGACUGCCCCAGGUGUGCCAGCGCCGGCAGGUGCAUGUGGACUCGCCAGUUCAAGAGGACAGGUGAGACGCGCCGCAUCCUGAGCGUGCAGCCGGCCUACGAGUGGACGUGCUUCAGCCACUCGCUGCUGAACGUGUCGCCGAUGCCGGUGGAGUCGGCGCCGCCGCUGCCGUGCCCGCGGCCGUGCCACCUGCAGCGCACCUGCGCCGCGUGCCUGGCAUCGGCGGGCGCCGACGGCGGCUGGCAGCACUGCCUCUGGAGCCUGGCACUCAGACAGUGCCUGAGCCCCAGCUUCGCCCCCCUGCUCUGCCUGGCCGGGGGCUGUGGCCGCCUCCUGCGGGGCCCCGAGCGCUGCCCCUCCCCCCCCGAGUGCGGGGGGGCGUCCCAGUGCUCCCAGUGCCUGCGGCGGCCGCGCUGCGGGUGGUGCGCCCGGGGGGGGCACAGCGGGGCCGGGCGCUGCCUCCAGGGCGGCAUCAGCGGGCCCCUGAAAGGUGCGUCCGAGACCUGCGGGCCGGGGGAGGUUUGGGCCUUCCUGAGCUGCCCCCCCGAGGACGAGUGCGAGAACGGGCACCACACCUGCGGGCCCAGCCAGGUGUGCCGCGACCUGCCCGACGGCUUCACCUGCGCCUGCCGGGAGGGGUUCAGCCCCGACAGCCGCACAGGUGAGUGCCGCCCCGUGUGCCGCCAGGGCUGCGCCAACGGCACCUGCGUGGAGCCCGACAGGUGCCGCUGCCACUUCGGCUUCGUGGGCAGCGACUGCGGCGUCACCUGCGCCUGCAACGGGCACAGCGACUGCGCCGGGCCCCGAGCAACCGACACCUGUCUGCAGUGCCACAACAACACCCAGGGCCCGCAGUGCCAGCGCUGCCGCCCGCUGUUCGUGGGCUCCGCCCUCGGGGGGGGCACCUGCCUCACCUGCCGCUCCUUCUGCCGCCACCGCGCCGACGUCUGCCUGAGCCGCGCCGACCUGGAGCGGCACCGGCGCCAGCCCGACAGGUACCCCCUGGAGCCCCACCUGAUCCACACCUGGGUGCAGGAGGGCCCCAGCGAGGCGCAGGCCGUGUGUGUGAACUGCCAGAACAACAGCGUGGGGGACAGGUGUGACACCUGCCGGGCGGGGUUCUUCCUGCUGGACGGCACCUGCACCAGGUGCCAGUGCAACGGGCACGCCGACACCUGCAACGAGCUGGACGGCACCGGCUGCCCCUGCCAGAACAACACCGAGAGCGGCGCCUGCCCCGAGCGGCGCGACUGCCACCGCCACCAGUGCUCCAAGUGCCGUGACUCCUUCCAGGGCCACCCGGUGGGUGGCCAGCAGUGCUACCGGCUGCUGGCGGUGGAGCAGGAGUACUGCCUGGACGCGGCGUCGCAGAGCCACUGCUUCCCGCCGCCGCAGCGCCGCCCGCUGCCGCCCGGCCGCUCCGUGCCCUUCGCCGUGCAGCCCAAGUUCACCAACGUGGACAUCCGCCUCACCCUGGACGUCACCUUCGGCGUGGUGGACCUCUACGUGGCCACCUCCUACGACACCUUCGCCGUGGACAUGGAGCCGGACACCGGAUGGCACCGGGUCCGCGUGCAGGCGCCCGGCGGGGGCGGUGGCACCUUUGGGGGUGGUGGUGGCACCUUUGGGACCUUGGGGGGACAAGGAGGUGGUGGUGGCACCUUUGGAGGUGGUGGUGGCACCUUUGGGACCUUGGGGGGACAAGGUGGACAAGGGGGUGGUGGGGGUGGUGGUGGUGGUGGCACCUUCGGGGGCGGUGGUGGCACCUUUGGGGGACAAGGGAGUGGUGGUGGCACCUUUGGAGGUGGUGGUGGCACCUUUGGGACCUUGGGGGGACAAGGAGGUGGUGGUGGUGGUGGCGGUGGUGGUGGCACCUUUGGGGGACAAGGGGGUGGUGGUGGCACCUUUGGAGGUGGUGGUGGCACCUUUGGGACUUCCGGAACUGGUGGUGGCACCUUUGGGGGACAAGGGGGACAAGGGGAGGACAAGGGGGACAAGGGGGUGGUGGUGGGGCUGGUGGCACUGGUGGUGGCACCUUUGGGACCUUGGGGGGACAAGGAGGACAAGGGGGACAAGGGGGUGGUGGUGGCACCUUUGGGACUGGUGGUGGCACCUUUGGGACUUCCGGAACUGGUGGUGGCACCUUUGGGACCUUCGGGGGACAAGGGGGUGGUGGGGGUGGUGGUGGCACCUUUGGGACCUUUGGUGGCCCUGGUGACACCUUUGGGACAUCUUGGACUGGAGAUGGUGGUGGUGGCACCUUUGGGACCUUCGGUGGCCCUGGUGGCCCUGUGGCCGGUGGGGUUGGUCCCACUGGUCCAACCGGUUUUACCGGUGACCCCCAAAGUUCUGGUGGCCCCAGAGCCCAUUUUGGUGGCCAAACUGGUCAUACUGGCCAAACUGGUUUUGCUGACCAACCCACUGACCCCAGACCCCAUUUUGGUGGCCCCAGAGAAGAUUUUGGUGGCCAAACCAGUUUUAAUGACCAAUCUGAUGACCCCCGACCCCAUUCUGAUGACCCCAGACCCCAUUUCGGUGUCCCCCAACCCCAUUUUGGUGGCCAAACUGGUUUUAAUGGUCAAUCCGAUGACCCCAGACCCCAUUUUGGUGGCCCCAGAGAAGAUUUCGGUGGCCAAACCAGUUUUAAUGGUCAAUCUGAUGACCCCAGAGCCAAUUUUGGUGUCCCCCAACCCCAUUUUGGUGUCCCCCAACCCCAUUUUGGUGUCCCCCAACCCCAUUUUGGUGUCCCCCAACCCCAUUUUGGUGUCCCCCAACCCCAUUUUGGUGGCCCCCAACCCCAUUUUGGUGACCCCGGAGCCAAUUUUGGUGGCCAAACUGGUCAUACUGGUUUUAAUGGUCAAUCUGAUGACCCCAGACCCAAUUUCGGUGGCCAAACUGGUUUUGGUGACCAAUCUGAUGACCCCAGAUCCUUUGGUGGCCAAACUGGUCAUACUGGCCAAACUGGUUUUAAUGGUCAAUCCAAUGACCCCAAACCCCAUUUUGGUGGUCCCCAACCCAAUUUUGGUGGCCCCCAACCCCAUUUUGGUGGCCCCAGAGAAGAGUUUGGUGGCCAAACCAGUUUUAAUGACCAAUCUGAUGACCCCAAACCCCAUUUUGAUGACCCCCAACCCCAUUUUGGUGGCCAAACUGGUUUUUAUGGCCAAUCUGAUGACCCCAGACCCAAUUUCGGUGGCCCCAAACCCCAUUUUGAUGACCCCCAACCCCAUUUUGGUGGCCAAACUGGUUUUAAUGACCAAUCUGAUGACCCCAGACCCCAUUUUGGUGGCCCCAAACCCCAUUUCGGUGUCCCCCAACCCCAUUUCGGUGGCCAAACUGGUUUUGGUGACCAAUCCGAUGACCUCAAACCCCGUUUUGGUGGCCCCAGAGAAGAUUUUGGUGGCCAAACUGGUUUUUAUGGCCAAUCUGAUGACCCCAGACCCAAUUUUGGUGGCCAAACUGGUUUUGAUGGCCAAUCUGAUGACCCCAGACCCCAUUUUGGUGGCCCCCAACUCCACUUUGGUGGCCAAACUGGUUUUAAUGACCAAUCCAAUGACCCCAGACCCAAUUUUGGUGGCCCCCAACCCCAUUUUGAUGGUCCCCAACCCCAUUUUGAUGGUCCUGAACCCCCUUUUGGUGUCCCCCAACCCCAUUUCGGUGGCCGAACUGGUUUUAAUGACCAAUCUGAUGACCCCAGAGCCAAUUUUGGUGGCCCCCAACCCCAUUUUGGUGGCCCCCAACCCCAUUUGGGUGGCCCCAAACCCCACUUUGAUGACCAAACCGGUUUUCCCGACCACCCCACCGCCCCCAUCCCCAAUUUGGGUGGCCCCCAGCCCCAUUUUGGUGGCCCCAGACCCAAUUUUGGUGUCCCCCAACCCCAUUUUGGUGGCCCCCAACCCCAUUUUGGUGGCCCCAAACCCCAUUUUGGUGGCCCCCAACCCCACUUUGGUGCCCAAACCAGUUUUGCCGACCAAUCUGAUGACCCCAGACCCAAUUUUGGUGGCCCCAAACCCCAUUUUGGUGGCCAAACUGAUGACCCCAGAUCCUUUGGUGGCCAAACCAGUUUUGCCGACCAAUCUGAUGGCCCCAGACCCAAUUUUGGUGGCCAAACUGGUUUUAAUGGCCAAUCUGAUGACCCCAGACCCCAUUUUGGUACCCCAUUUUGGUGGUCCCCAAGCCCAUUUUGGUGGCCAAACUGGUUUUCCCAACCACCCCACCGCCCCCAUCCCCUCCAGAAGCCCCCACCCCACCACCCCACCACCCCCCACCACCCCACCCUCACCCCCCACGCCCCCCGUGGUGGCACCGGCUCUGCUGGAGGAACGCGCCCACGGCCUGGUCACCUACCUGACGGUGGCCCGGCCCGUGCCCGCCCUGGUGGUCCGCGGGGUGCGGGACCGGCUGGUGCUGACCUACCCCCACGCCGGCCACGCGCUGAAGUCCACCAGGUUCUACCUGCUGGUGGUGGCCGGCGCCGAGCCCUGCCAGGGGCUGCUCUUCUUCCGCCAGGACCAGGCGCACAUCGACCUCUUCAUCUUCUUCUCGGUCUUCUUCUCCUGCUUCUUCCUGUUCCUGGCGCUCUGCGUGCUGCUCUGGAAGGCCAAGCAGGGCCUGGACGCGCGCCACGAGCGCCGGCGCCACCGGCAGGAGAUGUCCAAGAUGGCGGCGCGGCCCUUCGCGCGUGUCACCGUCUGCUUUCAGUACCUUGGUUACCGGAGCUGGUCUGUGGGCCACCAGCAGAACCACCUCAUGGGUCACCAAAACCGCUCUGUGGGCCACCAGAACCAUCCUCCUCGGGACCCCCACCCCACCCACCGCAAGGCGCCCCAAUCACUACCAGGACCCCCCAAACCACCACCGGGACCCCCCAAACCACCACCGGGCCCCCCCAAACCACCACCAGGACCCCCCAAACCCCCUCGGGGUGCCCCGGGCGGGGGUCCCGGGGCGGCCCCGGUGACCCUGGAGCCCACCGAGGACGGGCUGGCGGCGGUGGCCACGCUGCUGCUGCAGCUGCCCGGGGGUCCCGGGGGUCCCCCCCGAGCCGCGCUGGGCUCGGCGCUGGUGGUCCUCAGGGGGGCGGGGCCUGUGCAGGAAAGGGGCGGGGCUUCCAGGAAAGGGGCGGGGCCCGCGGGGCUCGAGCUCACCGCAAUGGGCAGCUGAAAA